AUGGCUCUUCCUCGCCCUACAACCAUACCAGUAUCUUUACUUGGUCUCGUCGUUCUCGUCACUCUGGCAACAAUCUACUCCCUUCUGACUCGGCAACGACCUUAUGCCGGAUUUCCAGUGACUACUCUUGGAGAGAAAGGGAUCAAAGCCUGGUUACUUCCCCAUAUGUCCUGGAUGUUCCGCCCCCUCGAGAUCAGAGCAAAAGGAAGAGAGCUCAGCUCCGGUUCAAACAUCUACCAGAUAGCGACUGGUGCUGGAUACAGGAUCGUGCUUCCGAGGAAGUUUGCAGAUGAACUGCGCAACCACAAAGACUUGGACUUCAGCACAUCUGCCGCUAGGGACUUUCACGUUACCCAGCCUGGCUUUGACAGCAUGAGAGAAGGACUCCGUCCGGAUGGGCUCAUGGUCGAUGUGGUACGGGUCAAGCUUACCCAAAGCUUGGGUCUAGUCACGCAAGACGUCGUCGAAGAAAGUAAAUUCAGCAUUGAUGAGUGGUUCGGCGACCACAAGGAGUGGAGUACUUUCGAAAUCAAGCAGGCGCUACUCGACAUCGUGGCGAGAGUGUCAACGCGCGUCUUUGCAGGAACUGACCUCGCUCGAAAUAAGGAAUACAUCCACAUCGCAAAGGAGAACACCGUGUCGCUGUUUACAGGCGCAGCAACCUUACACCAAAUUCCUGCGCUCUUGCGGCCAAUCGCAGUCUGGUUCAUACCCCAUUGCAGAAACCUUCGUAAGCAAGUUGCAGAUGCUCGACGGCUACUGGCAUCACAGGUGCGUAAAUCCCAAGAGAGUGCCACUCAAGUCGAUCAGAAAUCAAGCAAAACGGCAGAUGCUUUCAGGUGGAUGAUGGACAUCGCCAAAGGCCGCCCCAUCAACUUCGUCGCCGGACAGCUGAUGCUUAGCAUGGCCGCCAUUCACACAACAACUGAGAUGACCACAAGGGCCAUGAUGCAAUGCUGCCAAGCUCCAGAAAUCGUUGAUGAAUUGCGUAAGGAGAUUAUCCGGGUCUUGAAGGAGGACGGCUGGGCCAAAACUGCACUCUACAAGAUGAAGCUGCUCGACUCAUUCCUGAGUGAAGUUUCCAGGUGCUACCCCAUGGGUAUUGGCGGCAUGGGUCGGUACACCAAACGUGAAAUAGAGUUAUCCGACGGCACGAUUCUGCCUGGAGGCAGCCUCGUAAUGGUCGAAAACGAUGGGCCCGGGGACGCGGAAGCAUUCCCAGAGCCGGAGAAGUUCGAUGCGUACAGAUUCCUCAAGAUGCGCGAGCGACCAGGUGAAGAGACCCGUCACCAGUUCGUCACCACCACACCGAGCAACAUGUUAUUCGGUCAUGGCCAGCAUGCAUGUCCAGGACGAUUCUUCGCGAGCAAUGAGAUCAAGAUCUUGUUCUGUUUCUUACUGCUCCAGUAUGACUGGCGAUACGAGCCGGGGUACGUUCCGCCUAAGAAUGUCUACUCCGAGAUGCAGAUAACUGUGCCGCCGAAUGUUCAGGUGCAAUGUCGCAGACGGCAGCCGGAGAUUGACUUGAUGGACCCGAAGGAGGUGAAGUAA